AGCGGCACUUCGAAUAUUGCAUGGAUGAACCGUUUAUCCACCAACACAUCUCGAGCACGUUCGGCUCAGUCCCCGUCGAAAAUUGAUAAAGCGGCAUGUCGAACAUCUGUUCCCCAUGAAUUGCAAAUCAUUGGUCUCUGGGGGUCAUGGAGUCUUUCACGGGCCUCGAAUUUGCCCCCUCUCAAGAUGUCACCAGCAACGCCCGCGCAUCACUCGUCGGCUCAUGACCACCCAUACUAAUAAACCUUCGACUUCACAAUACAACAGAAAUACCGAAUCCGGACAAUAUUCUACACUCAGUAGUCCGAAACCUACGUCGAAGUCAACAUUGGAAACCCUCUCGACACCGUCCACCAAAGUGCUGCGACCCAACUUCGACAUCCCACAGAAGACAUACCCAGCUCCUGACAUCUACAACAUGGCUACGUCAAGCAACCCGUGGCGUUCGCUAGGCAUGUAUGGACUUCAAGAAGCUCUUAGAAUACGCCCUUAUCAAUCGAUAAGCGACAAGGACAAGCGGAGAGUCUUUGUCUGUGUCGACUGCGAAGCCUACGAAUUCGCGCAGGACAAAAUCACCGAGGUGGGCAUCUGCGUGCUGGACACUGCAGAUAUGACCCCAGAGAACUUGAACACUGCCACUGGAGAAUUCAUCUGGCCGAAUGUCUUGAAGUCGGCGCAUUUCAUCAUCAACGAAUACGAUCAUCUGGUCAACAGACGCUUCGUCCGGGGACAUCCUGAGAAAUUCAGCUUCGGUACGACCCAGCGACUGCCUCUUGCAAUGGCGGCCAGCAUGCUCCGAAGACUAUUCCAGGACCCGACACAACUGAACGAUCUUAUGAACACCCGGAAGACACCCGAAGUUGAUCCUCGGGAAAUUAUAUUGGUUGGCCACGGCAUUGGUAGCGAUGUGGAUUAUAUGAAGAAGAUCCAUUUCGAUGUCCACCAAGUCACGAAUAUCGUCGGCACGGCCGAUACGCAUCGAAUACUUGGUAGAGCCGGACAGACAAGUCUCGCAAGACUCCUGACAGCUCUGAAUUUCUAUUCUGCCGAGGAUCUCGAGCAACAGCUAUGGUUACACAACGCCGGCAAUGAUGCGGUGUGGACAAUGAAGGCUCUCGUAAUGCUAGUGAGUGUGCAUUCUGUGACCUACGGACUGUGUAUAGGCGAGCCGAUCGCCUGCGGUGGCUGGACUGACUCCUGCUUUUCACUGCCAGGCCAAGACUGAGAUGCAGCGCCCAGGCACUGUCCUUCCUAUAGUUAGUUCGUUGCAAGCAGCCGGUCGAGCAGAACGGGAAGCGAGGCGUCCAUCGA